AGUCUGCAGGGCGUUUUACAUUAGGAGACGUUAACUUGUGGAUUAACACGUGAGUUAGCCGUGCGCGCCUUCAAAUCAGUUCAGUUUCAGAGAGUUACAUUCCGCUUUUUUACAGUCCUCCUGAGAGGAUUUCGGCAGAUUAACGGGGUUCAGAGCGCGGAGGGAUGGUGUUAAAUACUCUUUAGCAUAUUCGGUCUGGGAAUGACCCGGCAUGCUCUCACUUUCGCCUCUUUCGCUUUGAGCCUCUGGAGAGCUGAUGUUUGAUUCGACAUGAACAGUUUCGUCAGUCUGGCACAGAUACUCGCCACGCUCGUGCUGCACUUGCAUGUUCAGGCCUCGACUCCUCUUGGCACACCACACUCUAAAGUGAUGCUGUUUCAGGAGGUGUGGAGUCGAAGCCUGUGUCGCUCUCUGGAGAAGAUGGUGGCGGUAGAGCAGGAAUACCCAGGUGGUGUGGAGCACAUAUUCAGUCCUGGCUGUGUGUCUCUACAGCGCUGCUCUGGCUGCUGUAACGAUGAGAAACUAGAGUGCUUUCCUACUCUCACACGCAAUAUCACAAUGCAGCUGGUGAAGAUAAGCCCAGCACAGAGGACCAGGCAGUAUGUGCAGCUUUCAUUUUUAGAGCACCACUCCUGUGAGUGCAGACCCAAAAGGAAACAUAUUAGAAAUCCGAGCCAGAGGUUUAGUAGCCCACACAGGAGAAGAAAAGGAAAACGGGGAAAGAAGAGAACAGCAAAUUGUAGCAGGUGUACUAAUCAUCUCAGCUAAUGGGAGGAUUCCAGUCUCUCUCUUUUUCCAUCCUGAACACAAACAACCAAGGACAUGAACUCUGGCCUCCCGAAAAAUGGACAAGAAGCAGAUGCAUUUGGGACAUAAAUUAUUAUAAGGACCUCAUCUGUGUCUGGGAUGAUGCCCUGCCCUCCCCUGGCAAUGAACACAUUCUCUGGGAGGGGUAGAAUGAAAACUCAGAUCCCUGUAAUCCUAUCUGUUUUGUUACCUGGUUAAUCCUUUUGUUGUACUGGGAAAUGCUGUGGGAGUGAAAAAGACAAAUAACUUCAUCACAAGCUGAGAGAUCAUAAAAGUGAAUACUGUGAUGAUGCUCAGACUUUCAUUUGCCCCUUUGUUGUCCACACGCCUGGUGUUUAUUAGUUAUCAUUAUCACCCUGUGGGCCCUGUGCAGUAUUUUCAGCUGCAUCAUUGGAAUGAUGUCUGAAUCCAGCUGUGGUGUACGUAGCGUUACAUAAGUAUUAUUGCAAUAAAUAUAAUG